AUGUCAUCUACAGCCACGUUGAGUAGUUCUUCGUCAGUUGCGAAUGAAAGUAAUGCUGGCGAUUUCGAAUUGGAAGAAGAAGUUGAAGAAGUCGAAAAACAACUUGCAAACAGUAACAGGGAUGCUGUUCUUUUUGUUAUCGAUUGCUCAUCGUCAAUGAUGAGCGGCGAAGAUUCUCCAUUUAAAUCCGCUAUUCGGUGUGCUUCUUCUGUGAUGAUGAAUAAAAUAAUUACCAGCAAUGAUUAUGACCUUAUGGGUGUAGUGCUAUUUGGAACGGAAAAAUCACAAAAUGCACUUGAAAAAAUGCACAUUUAUGUGCUUCAACCCAUUGAUUUACCAGAUAUCCACAGAAUAAUAGAAUUAAAUGACAUAGUAUCAGGGCAAAUUGAUUUUAGUCAGGAAUACGGAAAUACAGACAACGAAGUUCCAUUAGGAGAUGUCUUUUGGACUUGCAAUGAUUUAUUCAAUUCACUAUCUACUUCAACGGUUAAGAUUAAAAGAAUAUUUCUCAUCACUGAUCAAGAUAACCCACAUGCAAACAAUCCAGUCCUUUAUAGCACAGCAAUUACCCGUGCUAAGGACCUUAUUGAAUCAAAAAUAGAGAUAAACCUUUUUAGCGUCAGUCAAUCAGACGAACAAUUCGACUUCGAUGCUUUCUAUUCG